AUGUUCGCUGCUGCCCUCAAACUGGGUCUUAGUCUAAGACCGCUACUAAGGAACGUUGUCUUAAUGUGCCAGGAUACUGAUGAUUCAGUGGAAGUUGUUCGUGCGACUCAAUACCAAGGUCAGACUUCUUGCGGGGAAGACGACUACGAGGUGAUCGACGAAGAUGACGACUUGGAACCCUAUGUCCCGAAG